AUGGAAGAAGAUUAUUAAGGAGACCCUUUCAAUCCAAUGCAAACAAAAGAAUUUCACCCAUUCUUUUACCUAGCACUAAGUGUUGCCUACAAUUUAGCUAAGCUAAUUAUCAUUGUCUCAAUUAUAUACUAUUUUUUUUACUUGCUGUUUCACAAGAACAAUGACAAUAAGAGGCGAAAUGAUAAUCGUGCUGGUUUUAUGGAAAACCUGUUCACCACUGGUGAUUUUUAAAAAGACGUCCUCACUCUCAAAAAUACACUUAUAAAUACCAAAAUUUCGCAUAUUGAACACAUUCCCAAAGAUAAGGAUAAAAAUCAAACAAGUAGUGGAUCAAAGUCUAAGCUAUAAAACAGAAGGGUAACGUUCAAUGAAAAACCUGAAGUAUUCCUAUUAAUGUGA